UUUUUUCUACAGAUGUUUUAAUUGAAGUCCAUAAAAAUUAAUAUUAAUCAGCACAUUGUUCAGUUACAACUUCCUACCAAUUCAAAUGUCAUUUUUCACAGAAAGCGGUUUAUACAAGAAUAUCGAAUGAGAUGGCCUGAAAAGUAUAUUUAACUUAUGACCCAUCAUUAAUUGUUGUCUUCUAUUUAAAGACAAAAAGAUGUUACACAGAACAGUUAUAACACUGUUUAUGUAAAUGUUUAUGUGAUGAAUUAGUGUGAAAUAUUUUUUGGCAUCACUUCAUAGUAGAUUAUCUCUAUUCCAUUGUGUGAACUGUUUACAACAUGAAUGUGCAAUCUUAUUAAAUUAGGACAAAAUAUGUAAAAGAGUUUGCAGCUUCUUCUGGAAUUGAAAAAUGUAGAUAUACAUUAUUUCUUUGCAAUACAAUAGAAAAAUACAACGAAGUGCAGUGUCUGUACAUUGUGGAUGAAAAACAAAAGAUUAUGGAGAAUGAAAUAUAUGGCAGCCAACAAAAAUGCGGAGCUCAGUCAAAAGGCAUUGAGUCAUCUGGUGAGAAGCUGACAAAUACAGGGAAAAUAUCAUAUCACUCUGAUAUUUAUAAAGUGUCAUUCACUGAAAAAAGGGAUCUAACUACUCCCAAAUGUAUUAAUAGUGAAAAGAAGCAUUAUUGUUGUGAUAUCUGUGGUAAAUCAUUCUCCCAAACAUAUGGAUUAACUUCUCACAAACGUAUUCAUACAGGAGAGAAACCCUAUCGCUGUGAUAUCUGUGGUAAAUCAUUCUCACAAACAUGUGGAUUGACUUCUCACAAACGUAUUCAUACAGGAGAGAAACCCUAUCACUGUGAUGUCUGUGGUAAAUCAUUCCCACAAACAUGUGGAUUAAUUUCUCACAAACGUAUUCAUACAGGAGAGAAACCCUAUCACUGUGAGAUCUGUGGUAAAUCAUUCUCUGUAAAUAGUACUUUAACUAAACAUAGACGCAUUCAUACAGGAGAGAAGCCAUAUCACUGUGAUACUUGUGGUUAUUCAUGCUCAGAAAAAGGUGCUUUAACUCAACACAGACGUGUUCAUACAGGUGUGAAACCAUAUCAUUGUGAUAUCUGUGGCAAAUCAUUCGUUAAAAGAAGUUCUUUAACAUCACACAAAGUUAUUCAUACAGGGGAAGUUAUUCAUAUCAAGAAGCCUUUUCACUGUGAUAUCUGUGGAAAGUCAUUCUCCUCAAACACUAACUUAACUGUUCACAAACGUGUUCAUACAGGUGAAAAGCCAUAUCACUGUUAUGUAUGUGACAAAUCAUUUGCUCAGUCUAAUGAUUUAACUAAACAUAAACGCAUUCAUACAGGAGAGAAACCAUAUCAGUGUAAUAUUUGUGGUAAAUCUUUCUCUGCAUGUACUCAGUUAAUUAUUCAUAAACGUGUUCAUACAGGAAAGAAACCAUAUUGUUGUGAUACUUGUGGUAAAUCUUUCUCUCAGAGUAAUAGCUUAAUUUCCCAUAAACGUAUUCAUACAGGGGAGAAGCCAUACUGCUGUGCUAUAUGUGGUAAAUCAUUCUCCCAUAGAAAUUCUUUUGCUAACCACCAGCGUAUUCACAAAGGACAGAAGCCCUACAACUGUGAUAUCUGUGGUAAAUCAUUCUUACGAAAUGAUUAUUUAACUAACCAUAAACACAUUCAUACAGGAGAGAAACCAUAUUGUUGUGAUAUUUGUGGUAAAUCAUUCUCUCUGUAUUGUCAAAUAAGGAUUCAUAAACGUAUUCAUACAGGAGAAAAGCCCUAUCGUUGUGACAUCUGUGGUAAAUCAUUUCCACAAAUAUGUGGAUUAACAUCUCACAAACGUAUUCAUACAGGAGAAAAACCAUAUCAGUGUGAUAUCUGUGAUAAAUCAUUCACUGUAAAUAGUACCUUAACAAAACACAAGCUUAUACAUACAGGAAUGAAGCCCUAUCACUGUGAUAUCUGUGGUAAAUCUUUCUCUGGUAGUAGUAACUUGACUAAACACAAACGUGUUCAUACAGGAGAAAAACCCUAUUGCUGUGAUGUCUGUGGUAAAUUCUUUUCUGAACAAGGUGCCUUAAGCAAUCAUAAACGCAUUCAUACAGGAGAGAAGCCAUUUAAUUGUGAGGUCUGUGGUAAAUCAUUUUCUUGUAAUAGUUACUUAACUGUACAUAAACGCAUUCAUACAGGUGAGAAGCCAUAUCACUGUGAUAUCUGUGGUAAAUCAUUCUCUGCAGGUAGUAAAUUAACUAGACAUAAACGCAUACAUACAGGAGAGAAGCCAUAUCACUGUGAUAUCUGUGGAAAAUCAUAUUCUAAAAAAUGUUCCUUAACUACACAUGUAUGUACUCAUAGAAAAGACUAAAUUUAUUCAUGUUCAAAAUCAUUCAAUAUAAAUGUAUAUAAUCAUAGAUGCAUUUGCAGACGAAAUAAAUACAUAGGUGGGAUAACAACAUCCUAACACUACAUAUAUCCUGUCGGUAAAAAAACUUACAACUAUUGUUUUUAAUAAAAUCGUUGUUUCAGAGGA